CUAAAAAAAAAAAGGUGCGUUUCACCCUUUCAGCUUUUUUUCACUCUCUUCUUUUCGCGUUUUCAAUAAUCGCGUUCUCUUUCUUGCAUCGCGCUUUUUAUCUCAACCCGCGAUUCAAGAAUAUCCCAACCACCAUGUUCAUUCACUUUCCAGAUUCAGAGAAUUAAGUUGAUGGGGGGACAAAGUUCUAAAGAGGAAAAUUUGAGGCAGGAUUCAUCUUUGCGAUCAAGUUCAUCUGCUUCUGCUUCUUCUUGGAAUUCAUAUCCUGAUCCGCAUUCGGGUUACGGUCAGGGUGGUUAUCCAUAUAGCUAUGAUUCACAACAGCCUUCUUAUCAACCGUAUUAUGAUACCCGGCCUCCUCCUCCUCCACAAAACUAUGACCAUGAGCCUCAUACUAGUGGUAGAGUGCCCCGUCACGAUGAUAAGAGAAAGUUAGAGAGGAAAUACUCAAGGAUUGCUGAUAAUUACAACUCCAUAGAUGAGGUGACUGAAGCUCUUGCACGUGCAGGCCUCGAGUCUUCUAAUCUUAUUCUUGGAAUUGAUUUCACCAAGAGCAAUGAGUGGACAGGAAAGCAUUCAUUUAACAGAAAAAGUUUGCAUCACAUCGGGAAUGGUCCAAAUCCCUACGAACAAGCAAUAUCCAUUGUUGGGAAAACCUUGGCCGCAUUUGAUGAGGAUAACUUGAUUCCUUGUUUUGGAUUUGGAGAUGCCUCAACUCAUGAUCAAGAUGUCUUUAGUUUCUAUCCAGACGAAAGAUUUUGCAAUGGGUUUGAAGAAGUUUUGAGUCGGUAUAGGGAAAUUGUUCCUAAUAUUCGACUUGCAGGCCCUACAUCCUUUGCACCGGUUGUUGAAAUGGCCAUGACAAUUGUUGAGCAGAGUGGAGGCCAGUACCAUGUUUUAGUGAUAAUUGCAGAUGGCCAGGUUACAAGAAGCAUUGACACUGAUCAAGGGAGGCUUAGUCCACAGGAACAGAAAACUGUGGAUGCCAUUGUUGAAGCCAGUAAAUUUCCUCUUUCAAUCAUAUUGGUCGGUGUUGGAGAUGGACCUUGGGACAUGAUGAAGGAAUUUGAUGACAAUAUGCCAGCCAGGGUCUUUGAUAAUUUUCAGUUUGUGAAUUUCACGGAAAUCAUGUCAAAAAACAUUCCUCCUUCACGAAAAGAGGCAGCAUUUGCUCUCGCAGCAUUGAUGGAAAUUCCUUCUCAGUAUAAAGCCGCAAUAGAGCUUGAUCUACUGGGUAGUCGGAAGGCCAGUGCUCCUCAGAGAGUUGCCCUCCCAACACCCUCUUACGGCUCACCAUCUUUUAGCACUUCAAAACCUUAUGGUUCAGCAUCUUUUGGCGCUUCAAAACCUUAUCAUGCCCCUGCUAGUUUUGAGCAGAGUGCACCUUCUUACCCUGACGACAGCAAAGUAGUUGGCACAUCUCCUUCUGCCCCAAGUUCUACAUAUGAAAAUCAGCUUUGCCCUAUAUGUUUGAGCAAUCCAAAAGACAUGGCCUUCGGAUGCGGGCAUCAGACAUGUUGCGAAUGUGGACCAGAUCUGCAGACGUGUCCCAUCUGUAGGAGCCCCAUCAACACCAGAAUAAAGCUAUACUAAGCCAGCAUCUUAUGUUGGGAGUAUUUAUAUGUAUUCUUUGAAUUUUUUUGUGGUUGUGUAUAAAACAUUAGAUUAAAUCUUUGUUUCUCCUGUGAAAAGUGGUACUUCCUAUAGGUAACCAUUCCUUAUUUUUUUUAUUUUUCAAUCAUUUUUGUUUCUGAUAGUGAUGGUUUGGCAACUUAAGUUUUAGCGGAUGAACUUAGAAGCUGGCUGAUAGCUGAAAAAAAAUAGCAGAUUGAAAUUGUAGUGUUUAAUAAAAAUCAAGGAUGAAUUUGCUGAAUAUGGAUUUGGAAUUAAUUUCAAAUUAUUUACUGAUCUACAUCUUUCAUGACAAA